AUGUACAGCUGGCCGCCGCACCUCCCGGUGGCUCGAGGCUCCUCCCAGUUCAAGGGCCAGAUCUUGCACUCAAGUACCUUCACAGACCGCAAGGUUGCGGUGGGCAAGAAGGUGGUGGUGGUGGGGGGCGGCAAAUCUGCCAUCGACAAUGCCGUCGCUGCAGCGAAGGAAGGCGUCUCCACCACUCUCGUCUGCAGGUCUUGGCACUGGCCCGUGCCGCGCUAUUUGCUGAACCUGGUCCCCUUCAAGUAUGCGACCUACAGCCGUUUCGGACACUGGUUCCUGCAUCCCCACCAUGCGGAGAAUGCCGCAGCCACCUGGCUCCACGGAACGUGUGCCCCGGUGAAGUGGAUCUGGUGGCGGGUCGUGGAGCUCCUCUUUCGCGGCCAGUUCCAGAUUCCCAGAGGUAUGGUUCCCGAGGAGGCCAUUGAUACUGAUCUCUUCAGUGGUGGCCAGAUCCUCAACUACGAGUUCCGGGACAUGGUCAAUGCUGGGAAGAUCCAGGUCAUCUCCGGGGCAAUAGACAAGUUCACGCAAACAGGGGUCGUGCUUGUGGAUGGCUCGGAGCUUGAUGCGGAUCUGGUGGUGUACGGCACAGGGUUCACGAAGAACUACGACAUCUUCGACAAGGUCAUCCAGUCGAAGCUCGGGAUCCAGAAGGAUGGCCUGUACCUCUUCCGCAACAUCAUCCCGCCCCAGGUCCCAGACGUCGCCUUCAUUGGCUGCGAGGUUUCAACUUUCAACAACAUCUUGACCCACGGGCUCCAGGCGCUGUGGCUGCAGAAGAUGCUCCAGGGCCAGGUGAAGGUGCCGAAGACAGGCGUCAUGGAGAGCGUGAUCGAGAAGCUAGGUUGGCAAUCAAGUAUCAGGGGACUUUGA